AUGUUGCCAAAAUUAUUGUUACUCUCCUUUACGAUCCUCCGAGCAGCACAAGCAAUUGCUCCAUUUAGCUGGAACAAUGAAACUUUCCUCCUCCAUGGCGAGCCCUACCGAAUUAUCGGCGGCCAGAUGGACCCGCAGCGCAUCCCCAAUGAGCUGUGGGCUGAUCGCCUGGCCAAAGCACGCGCUAUGGGCCUGAACACGAUCUUUUCCUACAUCUUUUGGGACCAACUUGAGCCUACACAAGGUGCAUGGGAUUUUAGCGGCAAUAACGAUAUCGCAAAAUACUUCAGGACCGCCCAGGAACAGGGGUUGAAUGUGGUUCUGAGACCGGGCCCGUAUAUCUGCGGAGAACACGAAUGGGGUGGAUUCCCCGCAUGGCUUAGUGAAGUGCCGGGAAUGGUUGUCCGUACCGACAAUGAGCCUUUCAUGGCCGCUUCCAAAUCAUACAUCGACCGUCUUGCCGAAGAUAUCGCCGAUCUGGGUGUCACCAAGGGAGGACCGAUCCUGAUGGUCCAGGUCGAGAACGAGUAUGGAUCCUACGGCAGCAACCACAAGUAUGUGGCAGAACUGCGGGACAUCAUCAAGGAAGCAUUUGAAUUGCCUCUCUAUACCAAUGACGGUGGCGAGAAGUCGAUGCUCGAAGGAGGUCAGAUCCCCGGCGCACUUGCUGAAACGGACGGUGAUCCCCAGGUCGGGUUCAAGGCUCGCAAUAAAUACGUGACUAAUCCCAGCAGCUUGGGGCCUGAACUGGAUGGAGAGUAUUAUGUGACGUGGCUCGACCAGUGGGCAAGCAACUACACUCACCAGACCGACGUUGGGAACAUCCAAGCGAUCCAAAAGGUCCAGUCGGAUCUCACUUGGAUCUUGAAGAACAAUGGCUCAUUCAGUAUUUACAUGUUCCACGGAGGUACAAACUGGGGUUUCCAAAAUGGAGCCGAUUGGGGCGCCAAUCUGGAGCCCAUUACCACGAGCUACGACUACGGUGCUCCACUCGACGAGAGUGGCCGAACGAACGAGAUCUACAAUGCCCUUCGGGAAACUAUUGGCAACUAUGUUGGCAAGGAUACCAUCCCGGAUACCUUGAAAGAGGAGCCGUUGAUUACGAUCCCCGAAAUCCAAUUGAAACCCGCGGCGAAUCUAUUCGAUUAUCUCCCGAAGCCCGUCACGAAGAAGUCCCCGGUCAACAUGGAAGCUCUCGGCCAGUCGACCGGUCUGACAUUGUACCGACAUGUCAUCACAUCACCCAUCAAUGGUACUCUCGCUCCGGGAGAUUACCCUAGAGACCGGGUCCUCGUCUACGUUAAUGGAAAACGCGCUGGUGUGAUUGAUAGUACCUACGAGGUGCCAAACACCGUCCGACUGGCGUUGAAGAAAAAUGAUGUUCUGGACCUGUUGAUCGAGAACUUGGGGCGUGUCAACUACGGUCCCAGGAUUGUCGACCAGCGCAAGGGAAUCGUGGGCAACGUGACGGUGGGUGGGAACGUGCUCUCCAACUGGCAGAUGUAUCCCCUUCCACUGGAUGCACCACCCAUCUCUAGCGCGAAGCACUCCGUGCACUCAACUAGUUCGGGCCCGGCCUUCUUCACCGGCACUUUCGAUGUGGAUACCGUUGGUGAUACCUACCUCGAGCUUCCCGGCUGGACGAAAGGUGUUGUCUGGGUUAAUGGCGUCAAUUUGGGUCGCUAUUGGAUCGUGGGACCGCAGCAGACUCUCUACUUGCCCGGUUGCUACCUUCAAAAGAGUGGAAACAAGAUCACUGUUCUCGCUCUGGAGCCUACGGGAGAUGAGGGUUCUGUGCGCGGUAUUACGACACGUAACUGGGGUAACAACCCUGAUCCAGAUGCUCCGUGA